ACCCCACUGCCCUCUUUGAAGCUGGCGGGCUGGCCCCACACGCCAAUGAGUUAGAGACCUACCGACCGUCGGAAAAAAAGUCUGCCUUGGGCUCAUGUCCAGAAACGGAGACGGGACUCUCAGUAAGAAAGAGCAACUUUUUAGCGGUUACAGUACUGUAGCUAUUUUCCGGGUUUGCCCGUUGAAGCUCGUCGAAACCAACGUGAGAUAGUGAUUGGACUUGACAAGCCCGCUGCGCUACUGUACCCCCCCCCCUUCUCUCCCAUUUCUACACAACCAGGAAAUCGUCGAGGUGUGCUUCGAUUAUCCCGCGAGUUGCUACCCCGUUUGCGGGUGUAGAUGCGACUUUAUCCCCCACUCCGACACAUUUCUGGUAGUUUGGGUGUGGGUUCGGCUAGUUUGACUUUAAUCCGCCCGCUUCAGCUUUCAAGUGAAUCAAAGUUGUCCCGCGAGGAGAGGAGCUCCACUCCGGCCGAACAAUGAGUGAGUCGAGUAUCUGCCAGGCUCGGGCCACUGUGAUGAUCUACGAUGAUGGCAAUAAGAAGUGGCUGCCAGCAGGUGCUGGACCCCAGGCCUUCAGCAGAGUCCAGAUCUAUCACAACCCCUCCAACAAUGCCUUCCGAAUAGUAGGACGCAAGAUGCAGACAGACCAGCAGGUGGUCAUAAACUGUCCUAUUGUGAGAGGGUUGAAAUACAACCAAGCCACACCUAAUUUCCAUCAGUGGCGGGAUGCCCGGCAGGUCUGGGGGCUCAACUUUGGCAGCAAGGAGGACGCUGCUCUCUUUGCCAAUGGCAUGACACAUGCGCUGGAGGUGCUCACCUCCAUGGCAGAUGCAGGCUACGCUACCCUUCCGCGGCCGAUGUCAAAUGGUCCAUCUCCUGAAGAGAUUGAGCAGCAGAGGAGAUUGGAGCAGCAGAAGUUGGAACAGCAAGAACGGGAGCGACAGGAGCGAGAGCGUCAGGAAAGAGAGAGAUUGGAGAGAGAAAGACAAGCUUCAGCAGCAGCUAUUCCUUCUGGUCCGCCUAUGGGACCUGGGGGCCUUGCUCCUCCACCGGCGCCUCCACCACCACCUGGGCCUCCUCCUCCUCCAGCCGCUGGUGUUCCGCCCCCUCCAGGACCCCCGCCAUCUGGACCCCCAUCUGGAGGACCCCCACCUCCCCCGCCUCUGCCAUCAGAAGGAGCGAGCCUCGGUGGUGGAGGAGCCGGGGGCUUGGCUGCUGCCCUGGCAGGAGCGAAACUUCGCAAAGCAUCUAAACAGGAGGAAGGGUCUGCUCCAGCUGCAGUGGGCAGAGCAGACGCCAGCCGCAGCAGCAACUCCUCUAUUGGAGGAGGCGGCGACCUGAUGGGUGAGAUGAGUGCCAUCUUGGCCCGAAGGAGAAAAGCAGCUGACACUGGAGAGAAAGUACCUAUGAAGACACAGGACAAUGAGGAUUCAGAGCCUCAAGGUCAAAGUGAAAUCAUGAAAAGACCUUGGGAGAAAUCGUCAUCCACUAUGAUGACCAUGAACAGGAAUAACUCCAUUCCCAAGAGCAUGGACUCCACCUCCUCAUUGUCCCAAAGUUCCAGGGUGAAGCCACCAAACAACAGUAAUGACGCAAGUGGAUUCGAAGACUCGGAUUUAGAAAAAAUGAAACAGGAAAUACUUGAGGAAGUGAGGAAAGAACUUCACAAAGUAAAGGAGGAAAUCAUCAGAGCCUUUAUUCAGGAGCUGCAAAAGAGAAGCACAUAGUUUUGGUGCACGUCUGGUAUAGCAGAGGGAUGUGAUCGAUGGAGGCUUGCUGGGAUCUUUGCUCCACUGCGUCCUCUAAUGUAGCCCAGGGAUUUCUCAUUGUCUUUUUUUUUUUCUAUCUCCCACGAGCAUUGCUUUCAUGUCACCAUGCGUAGAUACUCUUCUUGUAAAUGGUAACCCAGGGAACCUCCUCAGGCUGCCAUCCAACUUGUUAAAAGAUCAUGGUGAUCCUGUCUCUCCCCCAUUCAACUGUCCUUUUCCAAUGUGUUCUAUGAGAAUCAGUUGAGAGUUCACAGCUGCAACCACAGUACUAAUUUGUCAUCGUUUGUCUUCAUAUCAGGAGUCUUUCUGCUAGUUGUCUUCUGACAGACGCAUUUACUGGUAAAGCAGUAUUCAGGGAUAAGGUAUUUGCCACAUUUUUACUGUAAUAGCAAGAUGCUGGAAUGUUGGGAUUUUAUUACUCUGCUUGCUCUCGGCAACGCCUCAAAAACGACCAUAAAUACUUGUAUCAGACGUCCGCCGGUAGUUUGUUUCCUUUCAUGCUAAUUGGAAGACAGAAAAUCAAUAAUUGGGGAGAGCACAGAGAACCCAACUCCCUGACUGCUGCAGUGUCUUUCCAUCACAUGGAUUUACAUCUCGGCACAGCACAAAGCCUUCACUGCUGCAGGAAGAAACGAGCAAAUGGAUGCUGAUGGACAACCGGAAUGCUGUGAAUGAGUGUGCUGUUUUGUGUAUGAGAAAUGUAUUCUCUUUGCAUUGCACUUGUUCUAGAGUCAAGUGUGAGCAUGUGCCACACUGCCUUGACAGACUUUUUGUUUCCCUCACAGUCUAAAUGAAAUGUUCUUGGCCAGUGCAGUGGUCUUAAAUUGUACUAUUGCUGGUUAUUUUCUUGAUUUUUUGCAUUAUUUUCAGUUUUUUUAAACAUGGCCAUGAAUAGGUCAAUUAAUUUGGCCAUAACCAACUGCCUUGAGAAUGACUAUAAAUUUAAAAAAUAUAUAUUAUAUAUAUAUAAAGAUAAAUAUAUUUGUUUUGAGGGAAAGUGUUAUCACAAAUGUUUUUUCUAUUUUAAAAUUACUGGUGAAUGGGGAUUUUGUUUUUCCUUUUGAUUGUUUUCUUAUGAGAUGUUAUUUUGGGUUUACGGCUUCUUUUUCUAAUAGAAUCUAGGCUUUUUACACUGAACUAUAAAGAAAACAGCUUAGAGACACUGGAUUAGAAAUGCCUUUAUAGUCGAAUACAGCUGCUUCUUGAAAUGCAGUUUGUCUCGUGUUGUCUUUUUGCUUGAGAACAUGUUUGUGUAUUUCCAUCUCUUUGGUAAAAUUGCAUGUAUGUAAAAG